CCUGUAAACACUAGGCCAGUGGUUCCCCAGCUCGUCUGCAAAUGACUCAGCUUUCACAACACACUGAAGAACCCUGCAACUCACCUCCGCAGGUGCGGUUCAGUAGCCCUGCAGCUUUGGCAUUUUAAAAGCCCUCCGGUGGUACUAAAUUAUAGACAAAUUGCCAACUACAGAGCAAGACGCUGGGUAAAAGCGCAAUGAGACAGCGAUCAGAAAAUCCCGUUUUACAAAUUAAGAGGCUAAGGCCAGGCUGGUAGGACGCCAAAGCACACUUCCGGUGCCGUAUGUCCUGGGCCUGAGCUCAGGUCCUCACACAGAUGGGGCUUUGUUCGGUUGGGGGUACUGGCCAGGCCAGCCUGCCCGCACCUGACACCUGUUGGCCAGCGGUGCCCCAUCGAUGCGCUCUGCCGCUCGGCUCUUCACGCCUGGUGCCUACCCGUUCGCACCCCUUCCUCCGCCCAGCUGCUUCCCACUUCCAAGAUGGCCGCGAGUGGAGCGGAACAGUUUCCCCUGGGACCAAGAUGACUGAUGGAAACCUUUCUUCCUCAACAAAUGGCAUAGCCUUGCUGGGCAUUCUGGACAACCGACCGGGAAACUCCCUUCAGAACCUGCACCACGAGAGCGGCAGAGCGCCCAGAUCCCUCUUGGUGCCUGAGUACGGGCCCAGGUUGAAACUCGGUGCUGUGGAAGACCGGGACAGCCUUCAGUCGGUGGACUCAGGCAUCCCGACCCUGGAGAUCAGCAACCCUGAGCCUGUGCCCUGCAGCGUGGUGCAUGUGAAGAGGAAGCCGUCGGAGCCCGAGAUUGUCCCGGAGCGGGCCUUCCAGAGCGCGUGCCCGCUGCCGUCCUGUGCACCCCCAGCGGCCACCGGAGCGGAGCGGGAGCAGGCCGUGCGGAAGUCCUCCACCUUCCCCCGCACGGGCUACGACUCAGUCAAGCUCUACAGCCCUACCUCCAAGGCCCUGAGCCGCAGCGAUGAUGUCUCAGUCUGCAGUGUCUCCAGUCUCGGCACGGAGCUGUCCACCACGCUGUCUGUCAGCAAUGAGGACAUCUUGGACCUCAUGGUCACUAGCAGUUCCAGUGCCAUCGUGACCCUGGAGAAUGAUGAUGACCCACAGUUUACUGAUGUCACACUGAGCUCCAUCAAGGAAACCAGUGACUCGCACCAGCCGAGCUGUGCCGAUGACCCUGAGGCGGGGAGGAGCCCGAGGCGCCUGGGACCUCUACGUAACUUCUUCUCGAGGAAUUUGCUUGCUAGAAAACAAAAUGCAAGACUUGACAAACAAAAUGACUUGGGAUGGAAGUUAUUUGGAAAAGUACCAGUCCGAGAGAAUGCUCAGAGAGAGUCAAAGAAAAUACACAAGGAAUAUGAAGACAAGGCUGGAAGACCUAGCCGGCCACCUUCGCCAAAGCAGAAUGUGAGGAGAAAUCUUGAUUUUGAGCCACUUUCCACCACUGCCCUCAUCCUUGAAGACAGACCAGCCAACCUCCCUGCGAAGCCGGCCGACGAGGCGCAGAAGCACAGGCAGCAGUAUGAAGAGAUGGUGGUGCAGGCCAAGAAGCGAGAGCUCAAGGAAGCCCAGCGGAGGAAAAAGCAGCUGGAGGAGAGGUGCCGAGUGGAAGAGAGCAUCGGGAAUGCCGUCCUCACCUGGAAUAACGAGAUACUGCCUAACUGGGACACAAUGUGGUGCUCGCGGAAGGUUCGCGAUCUCUGGUGGCAGGGAAUCCCACCCAGCGUGAGGGGCAGAGUCUGGAGCUUAGCCAUCGGCAAUGAGCUGAACAUCACUCAUGAGCUCUUCGACAUCUGCCUUGCCCGGGCCAAGGAGCGGUGGCGAUCCCUCAGCACGGCGGGCGUGGAGGUGGAGAGCGAAGAUGCUGGGUUUUCAGCAGCAGACAGAGAGGCCAGCCUGGAGCUUAUUAAGCUGGACAUUUCCAGAACAUUUCCUAAUCUCUGCAUUUUCCAGCAAGGCGGUCCGUACCAUGACAUGUUGCACAGUAUUUUGGGCGCUUAUACUUGUUACCGGCCGGAUGUGGGUUAUGUUCAGGGCAUGUCCUUCAUAGCCGCAGUGCUGAUCCUAAACCUAGAUACUGCAGAUGCCUUUAUUGCUUUUUCUAAUCUCUUGAAUAAACCCUGUCAGAUGGCGUUCUUCCGAGUGGACCACAGCCUUAUGCUGACCUACUUUGCUGCAUUCGACGUAUUCUUUGAAGAGAAUUUGCCGAAAUUAUUUGCUCAUUUCAAGAAAAACAACUUGACUCCAGACAUCUACCUAAUUGAUUGGAUCUUCACCUUGUACAGCAAGUCCCUGCCCCUGGACCUGGCCUGCCGCAUCUGGGACGUGUUCUGCCGGGACGGGGAGGAAUUCCUCUUCCGCACAGCCCUGGGCAUCCUGAAGCUGUUUGAGGACAUCUUGACCAGGAUGGACUUCAUCCACAUUGCCCAGUUCCUGACGCGACUGCCCGAGGACCUGCCGUCAGACGAGGUGUUCGUGGCCAUCGCCACUGUCCAGAUGCAGAGUCGGAACAAGAAGUGGGCGCAGGUGCUGGCCGCGCUGCAGAAGGACUGCCGGGACCUGGAGAAGGGGAGCCCCUCGCUGAGGCGCUGAGGCCCCUGGCGCACUCGCUUGCCCCAAGCAGAUCACAUGUACCUCUGGACUGAGCCCUGGCUGCAGAGGGGUACAGGCCCUUGUCACGUGGGUCCUGACACUAGAGUUGGCCUUCAACACAGCACAGGAGAGCUCUGAGGAGGGAAACCCAGGUUCGGCCUUGAGCAGCCCAGCGGACCGUGCCCUGGCCUCGGCUGCGGCCAGCGCGGUGCUCUCCGCCCAGUCAGGCGGGUCGAUGGCUGAGUGUCCCUCCCCUUCAUUCCACGCAGUUAAUUAAAUGGUGAUGCUGUGAUGGCAGCUAUUGAAAAGCACGUUACAGUUCUUCUUAGCCGGGGUGCAUGAGGACGUUACCUCCAGGGCCUCUGAGGUGUUGCUGGCCCAGUAAGAAAGGUGUUGUUGGCGCAGGAUUUGAGAUAAUCUUUCCAGAGCUGGAGGUCACUCUCAAAAAUCCACAUACCAAAGACCGUGUGACCAGAAGGCUUGUGGGCGGCUGCUGGUGGGGCCAUCUGUGCUUGCGUGGCCUUGGCCUCACUGAGGGGAGCCAGGGUGGGGCCUGUGUGCAGAGAAGGCCGCAGGAAGAAUGCAGGGCGGGUGGGGUGGGGCGGCCUCCCCGAGGAGAGCGAGGCCUGCUUGAAGACACUCUGCCUGCUCCGGCAGCGCACCCUCCAGCGUUGUCCCCUGAGCGGCUGGGUCCAUCCCAUGGCCCCUGCUUACCUCUUCAUCUGGCUUGAAGAGAUGCGCCUCUCAAGCUGUGGUCAGGACGCAGGACCGGGCGUGCUGAGCAGCCCAGGGCAUCCUGGCGAGUUCUCGGGACCAUCAGCCCUUGCUUACUCUGAUUUCAUGGGCAAGUUUCUGUGCUCCAGCUUUUCCUUGAGUAUUCUGAGAACUCUGUACAGAAAUUUGAUUAUCCAGAUACACAGAAAUGAAGUUUCCAUGCGCUAGUCCAAGGACAGGACAUGCCAGCAUCUGCGGGACAUCCCGGGUGGUCACCCCUACUCGGCAUUGCUGCAGAGGGUGUAAGAGGCCCAGGUCGGGCUUGGGCCGUCUUUUUGCAAGUGCCUGUGUGGUCGCUCACCACAGCUCUUCUCAGCCAUAUCUCCAGCCCGGGGAGACCCCUCCUGGUGAAGGUGCGGCAUGUGGCCCAGCAGACCCUCCUGGUAGGUGGUGCAGGUGGCUUCGACUCCCCACACCCGGGGCCCCUCUCCUGGGCCCUCCUUUCCCUGCAUCACUGAGUUUCCCAGGAGGCUGCUGAGUGUCACAGUCCCAUUUCCGCCUCAGCCCCGCCCUUCUAUCAGGUGUUGUCAAGGCCUGGGGGGCUACAGGAGGUGGGCUGCCCAGCCUCAUGCUGUACCUGCUCCCAGGUGUGCCGAGCUGGCUGCAUCUUGCGUCCUGCCCCACCUGUGGGAGAUGUGUAUAUUUUCUUACUGUACAGAACCAUGUUCCUGAGCCGUACAGAAGGUGGCCCGGCGCUGGCUCAGGCAGCCCAUUCCCGUGUGACACCCCCAGUGUGUUUCCUGUGCCUGACCUGAGUCUGGUGUGCACUGCACUUCACCCAGGCCUCCCUGCCAGCCUGGAGCACUGACCACAUCUUUAGUCCACACCAGGCUUUGUGGCCUGUUCAGGGACCACAGGGGUCACAUGCGUCCUGUGCACGGUGGUGCUGGGCCAGUGGCGGCCUGUGGUCCCUGUCCUGACUGUGCAGGCUAACUGGGACCGGACGCAGAGGCACUUCUCUGCCAAGCCCGAGUCCACACGCUCCCUGGCAGGGUGAUGCUUGGGCUUUGGGUCUCUGUGGUGUCCAGGAGCAGUGUCCACCUCGAAGGUACUUUGUAAAUGCUCGGUUUUUGACUUUUAAAUAGUUUGCUGGUAGAAAACUCCUGGAAGCUCUUCCUACAUACUGUGUUUUAAUUGCUUGUACAGUAACCUUUAAGCUUAUUUAGUAAAGUGUAUCAAAGUAGGACUUUUUGAAUUGUAAAUAUGUGGUUUUAAAUAAAAAUCAUGUAAAUUGUUA